AGUAAAUAGUCUCAGAUACUACAAAAUAAAAAAAAUGAAUUCGAUAAUUGUGUUUUUGUUAAUAACUCAAAUUUUAUUGUUAUUAACAACAAUUAUCCAAGCUGGUGGAUAUGGAUUAAUUCGACCAUUAUCAAAUUAUGGAAGUAAUAGUUAUGGAUCGAAUUAUGGAUCUAAUUAUGGAUAUGGAUCAUCAUCGAAUUAUGAAUAUGAUGAUUUUUAUGAUAAUUCAAUACGACCAAGCAACAGACCGAAUUAUGGAGGAUACGGUGGAAAUGGUGCUAGUGGAUCAUAUGGAUCUUAUAGACCUGGCAGUGGUUAUGGUGGUUUAGAUUAUGGAUCACGUGGGGAUUAUAAUCGUGGUGGACGAUAUGAUUAUUAUGGUGAUAGUGGAUAUUACCGUGGCCGACCACAAAGUAAUUAUUAUGGCAGACCAUCGUAUUAUCGAGGUGAAUAUUAUAAUUCCAGACCGCGGUAUGAUUAUUAUUAUGAUGAUCGAGAAAAUUAUGGAAAUUAUGGAAACGAAGGUUUUGGAGGUUCAUACGAUCGAUAUCGAAGUGGAUAUGGAAACAAUAAUAAUAAUAAUAAUCGAUAUGGAGGGUACCGAUCAGGAUAUUAUUAAAUAUUGAUAAUUAUUUAUUUUUCUGUGAUAUUUAUUAUUAUUUUUCUAUAU